CUCACAUUACAUGUGGAUGUUUGCGGCAUCAGCCUCAGCAUCCCGGCUUCAGUUGCCAUGCAACCAAUAGGGUGAGGGCGGGGUUUUAAUGCAGCCAAUAGGAUCUGUUGUGUGUGGUGAGCAGAGCUCGCACUAUGAGGCAAGCAGCCAAUGGGAGGGGUUGGGCAUUUUGCUGCAGACGUUGGGACCUGCCAGUGCAGAUCUAGUGCGAUGUGAUGUCAUGUCAAAGAGGGGAGGAGCCCAGAUGGGAAGGAGGAAGGUCUGAGUCAGUGGGGUGAGAACGUACCAAUGUGGGAGGACAACCCCUCUGGGUGUGAGUGGAGGGAGCCCUGGUGGGACUGGAAAGGUGGAUUAUUCUGCUCUAUUCUGCAUGUGGUGGGAGGCACCGAAAUGGUUAAUUAUCAGCAAGCUGUGACUGUGGAACAUGCCGGCAGCUCCCCCUCCUCCUGCUUGUCAGUCACUAAUCCCGCCCCUUCCUUAUGUUCCCUAUACUGCUGCUUCUUUCCCUGCAUCCCUGUGCAACAACUCCCAGCUCCCACUCAUAUGUUAAUUGCUCACCUCACCACUGAGAAAGCUUUUGUCCUUGUCUGGGAAUCAUUGGGUUUGUGCUGUCCCAUUCAAAAUGCAUUCUGUAACAUAUUGUCAUUAUAGAAUUGAAAAGAUUGAGAAAUUAAGUUGGAAGCAUGUAUUUAUAUCUGUUGUGGGGAGAGUGACUUUGGGAUAGUGUGUGUAGUAAGUCAGCUGUACUGUGGGAUAGUGUGUGUAGUAAGUCAGCUGUACGGUGGGAUAGUGUUUGUAGUAAUUCAGCUGUACUGUGGGAUAGUAUGUGUAGUAAGUCAGCUGUACUGUGGGAUAGUGUGUGUAGUAAGUCAGCUGUACGUUGGGAUAGUGUGUGUAGUAAGCCAGCUGUACGGUGGGAUAGUGUGUGUUGGAAGCCAGCUGUACUGUGGGAUAGUGUGUGUAGUAAGUCAGCUGUACUGUGGGAUAGUGUGUGUAGUAAGUCAGCUGUACUGUGGGAUAGUGUGUGUUGUAAGUCAGCUGUAAGGUGGGAUAGUGUGUGUAGUAAGUCAGCUGUACGGUGGGAUAGUGUGUGUAGUAAGCCAGCUGAACUGUGGGAUAGUGUGUGUAGCAAGUCAGCUGUACUGUGGGAUAGUGUGUGUAGUAAGCCAGCUGUACGGUGGAGUAGUGUGUGUAGUAAGCCAGCUGUACGGUGGGAUUGUGUGUGUAGUAAGUCAGCUGUACGGUGGGAUAGUGUGUGUGUAGUAUGUCAGCUGUACUGUGGGAUAGUGUGUGUAGUAAGCCAGCUGUACGGUGGGGUAGUGUGUGUAGUAAGCCAGCUGUACGGUGGGAUUGGGUGUGUAGUAAGUCAGCUGUACGGUGGGAUAGUGUGUGUAGUAAGCCAGCUGUACUGUGGGAUAGUGUGUGUAGCAAGUCAGCUGUACUGAGGGAUAGUGUGUGUAGUAAGUCAGCUGUAUGGUGGGAUAGUGUGUGUAGUAAGCCAGCUGUACUGUGGGAUAGUGUGUGUAGCAAGUCAGCUUUACUGUGGGAUAGUGUGUGUAGUAAGUCAGCUGUACUGUUGGAUAAUGUGUGAAGUAAGUCAGCUGUACUGUGGGAUAGUGUGUGUAGCAUGUCAGCUGUACUGUGGGAUAGUGUGUGUAGUAAGCCAGCUGUACGGUGGGGUAGUGUGUGUAGUAAGCCAGCUGUACGGUGGGAUUGUGUGUGUAGUAAGUCAGCUGUACGGUGGGAUAGUGUGUGUAGUAAGUCAGCUGUACAGUGGGAUAGUGUGUGUAGUAAGCCAGCUGUACUGUGGGAUAGUGUGUGUAGUAAGCCAGCUGUACUGUGGGAUAGUGUGUGUAGUAAGCCAGCUGUACUGUGGGAUAGUGUGUGUAGUAAGUCAGCUGUACGGUGGGAUAAUGUGGGUAGUAAGUCAGCUGUAUGGUGGGAUAGUGUGUGUAGUAAGCCAGCUGUACUGUGGGAUAGUGUGUGUAGUAAGUCAGCUGUACUGUGGGAUAGUGUGUGUAGUAAGUCAGCUGUACUGUGGGAUAGUGUGUGUAGUAAGUCAGCUGUACUGUGGGAUUGUGUGUGUAGUAAGUCAGCUGUACUGUGGGAUAGUGUGUGUAGUAAGUCAGCUGUACUGUGGGAUUGUGUGUGUAGUAAGCCAGCUGUACUGUGGGAUAGUGUGUGUAGUAAGUCAGCUGUACUGUGGGAUAGUGUGUGUAGUAAGUCAGCUGUACUGUGGGAUUGUGUGUGUAGUAAGUCAGCUGUACUGUGGGAUAGUGUGUGUAGUAAGUCAGCUGUACUGUGGGAUAGUGUGUGUAGUAAGUCAGCUGUACUGUGGGAUUGUGUGUGUAGUAAGCCAGCUGUACUGUGGGAUCAUUUAUAUACACAUUCUGUUGAUUUAUUUGACAGCUACAACAUCGCCAAACGAGCGGAUCUUUCACCGAUAUGCCAUUAACAAACAUGGCUAUAUCGGGUGUAAUCCGUAUGGCCGAACGAUCCGAUUACAAUGUGCCGUGGACUCUGGCGGGAUCGCACACGCCACACUAUCUGAAAAUCGGACGAAUCCUCGAUUCGUACAAUAGGAUCUGUGUGUCUAUGGCCACCUUUAGUUUUGUGGUUAGACUUUGUUUUCCAGAUAUACCAACUCAACCCAACUAGGAUUUUACUCCUUCAGGCCACCAGGAGCACCAAUUGGCCAUAUAUAGUUCUGCCUUUAUAAG